UCCUCAAUUGGAAGUUGUCCAACACGGGUGACCCCGGGCUUCUUUCUUGGCGGUGAAAAGGAAUCGGGGGUGGAGGAUAACCAGCUUUUCUCUCGUGCUUUGGAAACCAUGAUACCAUGGUGGCAGGCUAUCCUGCCAGUCGUGGUCCCUAUCGGCGCCUAUGUGGCAUUCCUGGGUCUGCUAGCCGUUCCACCGAUUCAGCGCUUCGCCCUGUACGCAAACCGUGUCAGUACGCUACUGUUUACCAAUCUCGAUGAGCCUGAACGAUGGGGUUUUGCAAGAAACCAGGUGACGCCCUUCAAACUCAAAGUCCCCGAUGGCGAGGUUCUAUAUGGUUGGCAUGUGCUGCCUCUGCGAGCCUACGCCAGACAUGAGAAUGUUCUCUUGAAGCGUCCACGUGGUUGCAGUGAUGAUUUCGCCACUACCGACGCCUUUCGCAUUCUCAAGGAUGACCCAGAAGCUAGGGUUGUCAUCAGCUACUACCGAGGCUUCGGAAAAUCCACUGGCUCGCCCACCGAAACCGGCAUGCUAGUCGACGGCAUGGCCAUCGUCGACUACGUGCUGGAUACCAUUGGAAUCCCGUCCUCGCGCGUCGUCCUCUUUGGCCACAGCUUGGGCACCGCCGUCACGUCGGCCGUGGCGGAGCGGUAUGCCACUAGAGGGGUCGAUUUUGCCGCCAUCGUACUCGUCGCCAGCUUCAGCUCCCUGCCCGACAUGCUUUCGGGCUACCGCAUUGGCGGUGUGAUUGCCGUCAUGCGCCCGCUGGCUGCGGUGUGCCCCCCGUUGAACCGAUUCUUCCUUGGGAAGUUCGUCGUGGACAAGUGGGACUCUGCUGCCCGCAUCACUGAGAUGGUGCGCGCCGUCAAGGCGAGGGCCGGGAAGCUGCGGCUAAGGAUCAUCCAUGCGCACGACGAUUGGGAUAUUCCCUGCGUCGAGGCUGACAAGAUGUUUUUUGCAGCUGUCGGGGGUCUCAUUGGCGUCGGCGCAGACCCUCAGCGGCUGGCCGAGAUGAAGGACGAGAGGACGGUCUGGAAGGGCGAGAAGGCUUUUGCGACGCGGUGGGAGGAGGGUGAUGUUGACAUACUGGAGGAAAUAAUCUCUCAUGGAGGUCACAACGAGGCGCUCUUUUAUGCUCCCUCGACGCUUGCUUUGAUAGACGCGUUUGAAGAGAGUGCAAGACCUUAG